AUGGUGCUCGAGGGAAUCUGGUCCAACGCGACGCACCCGAAGGACUUUCCGCGCUCGGUGUACCUGACGCACUUCAGCGACGUGCUGGGCGCGAGCCACGUGACGAACUUUUCCUUCUGGGGCCGGGACCACGUGGCCUCGGACGGGUUCCGGCAAUUGGCCGAGUGGAGCUCCGCCGACGCGCUCGAAGCCGAACUCAAGACCAGAGCCAAGUACCUCAGGAGCUUGAUCAAGGCGCCCGGGCUCUGGUACCCCAACGUCAACUCCAACACAACGGCCGACUUUAGGGUCGACCGUAAGCACCCCCUGCUGUCUCUGGCGUCGACGAUGGGCCCGUCCCCCGACUGGGUGGUCGGCGUGAGCAAGCUGAACCUCUGCCAGCGCGACUGCACCUGGAUCCGCGGUAUGGCGAUCGACCUGUACCCGUGGGACGCCGGCACGGACGACGGCAUCACCUACAUGUCCCCGAACUCGGAGACCAAGCCGCGCGAGCGCAUGAAGCCCAUCACCACCAUGUACCCGGAGGACCCGCGCUCGCCGUUCUACGAUCCCAGUGGGCGGCCGAUGCUGCCGGUGGCGAGGCUCUACCUGGACCGCACCGAGAUCACGAAGCGCAGCUGCGACGAGGACAAGCUCGACACGGAGCUCGACGGACUCGCGAGCUCUGGAGCCACCGCCACCACCGUGGAGACACCCGAUUGCUCGACAACAGCCUGGUCGGACUGGUCGGCUUGCUCGGUGAGCUGUGGCAAGGGCAACCGUACGCGCAAGCGGGCCUACCGGCUGCCGGAAAAAGCCGCACUGGCCAGCUGCAGCAGCCAGCUCGUCGCCAGGGAAGUCUGUCUGGGAUCGCUCGGCGAGUGCCCGGGCAGCGAUGGCAGCGAGGGUAGCUCGGGCCAGAGUUACAGCGAUUGCGAGACGAGCGACUGGAGCGAUUGGUCCGAGUGCAGCGUGGGGUGUGGGAUCGGUUUCAGGUCCCGGCACCGCAGGCUGCGCAGCCCGGCGAACCGGAGGAGCUGCGUCCACGUGGAUCUCGCGGAGAAGGAGCGCUGCCGGGGAACCGCGUGCGAGGAGGAGGACGGCCCGGUGUGCCGGGCGACCGAGUGGUCCGAGUGGUCGCAUUGCAGCGUCACCUGCGGCAAGGGCGUCAAAACCAGGACGAGGGCGCUACUGGUAGCCCCGGACCUACGGCUCGAGUGCUCGAGGGAGCUGGAGCUCGUCCAGCACCGGCCGUGCCUCGACCAGGCCGAUUGCACCUUCGACAAGGCCACCGCCAAGGCGAUAUGCUCGGAGAAGACGGAGAAAGGCCCCUGCCGGGGCUACUUUGAGCACUGGGCCUACGAUUUGGAGCAACGGACGUGCGUGCCGUUCGUCUACGGAGGCUGUCGGGGCAACAAAAACAACUUCCGCACCCUCGAGGACUGCCGGAAGAUUUGCGACGUUAUAAAGGAGUCUCUGGUGGACGGGCAGCCGGACGGUCAGUCGUCGGAGCAAGUGUCGCGGUCUUCUUCUCGGGGGAAUCCGGUGGAUUGCCAGGUUUCCGACUGGUCUCCUUGGACGGCCUGCAGCGUCACUUGUGGGGACGGCGUCGUCACCAGUACUCGACACAUUACCAGAAAAGCGGAGAAUGGAGGCAGACCGUGCGGCGGGAGACGCUUGCAGCGACGUGCCAGGUGUCACAUGCCGCCUUGCGAGUUUUAAUGUCAUUCGAUAUACGAUGAGAUUAAUGGAUGGGAGAGGCACUUGAUAUACUUUUUCUUUUUUUUUUUUUUUUUUU